CCGCGGUGGUACCACAACUCGGCCAUCAAAGUCUUCGCCAAUUCCAGCAGCUUAACUGGUUUCUUAAGCCAGUUGCAUGUAAGCCGCCAAAAGUAUGCGGUUGGACUGAACGUAUCGCGCUUGGCUCACUUGUACCAUAUCCGGAUGACCACCCUGAGAUUUCAUAACAUUCAUAACACAGUCUGCAGAGCAUAAGAAGUUUAAAUUACUUUCACUUGUUUGUUCGCGACGUUAUUCUGUUAUUUACUCUUCAGCGUGCGGGUCACAAAAACGAUAUUUUGGCUACGGCCGAAGCGUGUCAUUGUCGAGAUUUAUAAUCAUUUUGAAGUUCAAAGCGGGCGGCACCGUGGUCUCUCCGUCACCCUAGAGAAACGCGCGAAAUUUAAAUUUGAUGCUUUCUUUCUUUUGAUAGGAAAAAACCCACUCAAGCGUUGAAAUAAUUUGUAUCUGGUGUAUGACUUUGGUCCUGAUCCGCUAUUUUGGUGAAUUCCGUGGUAUCCCAGUGCAAUAUCGUGUCCUGUUACUGCCAAAUUUUCAGUGAGAAAAAAAGGACGAAAAGCAAUUAAGAGCCAAUCGCGAAGUGUUGUUGUGGUGCCUUCAUUAAAAUAUUUUGAUUAGCGCUCUCUACGUAAUAUUUAUAUCAACAUGCGAGUUGGAGUUCUGCCGACCCUAGCGUUACCUGUAUUCCUCUUGCUCCUGGCAAGCCUAGACAGUGCUGGCCGGGCUGUGGCUGAAGAGCAAACCUUCGAACUUCCUGUACAGUUAAUUGGAUUCCCAGUAAUUGCAUUGUCCGUUCGCUUGUCAAAUUUCGUAAAAAAGUUGGCCUAUUCUCUCAAUCCAAGCACCUACAGGUCAAGAUCACGACGAGAUGCUUCAUACAGUGAAGUUUCUGACAUUGCCAUCGAUGUAAGUAUAGCCGAGAAGCAGAUAGUUGCUGAAUUUGGUCCGAAAGCCUGCAUUUUGGAGGAACCUUGCAGAAUUCAUGCUGCACGACCUGGAGUACGAUUCCAACAACCAGACUGGACUGAAAUUUUAAGGAAUUACAAAGUGCAAUCGACCGGGAUGAAACAAUGGUACCUGCUGUCCGUAUUCCUCGGCGACGUGAUUCGUAACGUUCCUUUGUGCAAGCAACUGGCAAAACGACUCGAGUGUGGACGAACUCCAUCGCACCAGGAGCCUCUAUUCAUCAGGGAUUAGAACUUGCGGAAUUGUUCUCAGCAGCAAACAUUCAAAUAUCCUGAUCCUGUCAUUGAUGCUCUCCGUUGGCAUUUAGUCUCAUCUUUCCUUAGGCAUCAUUCUACAUAAGUGCAGUGAUGUCCAUCGUUCACUCAUUUCAUUAUUUUGUAGUUAAUUCUAGCCAAAAAGCCUAUAAUGUGUUUGUCCAAAGUAUUUGGCCGGAAAAUCUCUGGCUCUAAUGUUGCUUCCUAGACCUACUGGCGCCUGGGGGCUUUGUUGAUUAUUCAGUAAAUCUAAGAUAUUUUGUUCUCAUAUUUGUGAAAGUAGCUUGUAUACGUUCAAUAGUCAUUAUUAUUUAAUAUUUCGCAAUACUUGUUUUCUAGCUAGAAUAGUACAACUCGAACUUUGUAAAUAUUUUCAUAUGUACUACUUAAGAAAAUACGCAUCUAUUUAAUAAAGAUUGUUUGAAUUAUAA